AUGUCCACAACAGAAACAACUUUAACGGACACGUCAAUGAAUAAUGAUGACUUGGCAAACGCAUUGCUUCAAAAAGUACCAGCAACAACAGAAUCCAAAGGCGAUGGCCACCAUGGUGAGCAACCUGUCAAGAUACGCAAGAAACCAGGCCGUAAGCCCAAUCCAGCAUCGCCUGCACUGCGUAAGGCACAAAAUCGCGCUGCACAAAGAGCCUUUCGUGAGCGUAAAGAAAGACAUUUGCGUGAACUAGAGGCCACUGUUAAGCAAAUGCGAGAAGAACGUGAGCAACUUCAAGCUGAAAACGAGCAACUCAAGCAUGACUCGGAUGUGCUCAAAUCCGAAAACUGGUAUCUCAAGGGCAUCGUGCUUACCUUGCAGCUGGUCUGCUAUCGACACAAUUUGGUGAUUCCACAACAUAGUCCAUACAUGAAUGAGGAGGCAUUGGGGAUGUUGGCACAAUCCAUUCCCGAACCUAUUGCGGCCUAUAUUAGUGCCAACGCUAAUAACAAAUUACCCAUCCCAUCCCGGUGGCAAAAUAAUACUACUACAUCAUUCGAGCUCACUGGUGGUGCUUCGAUGGCUCCCAAGAAACCACGUAAUCGCUUCUUGUCACAAGGAUCCAUUGUUAUCACCAAAGAUGGUAUUCAAUCACUGCCAAAGUUGCAAGAAGCACCCCGUUCAUUUCCGAUUGACAAUAACAACAACAACAACGAGGCAUUUUCUGAUCCUGAAAUUGCUUUGCCCGCUUUAUCGCCUGUGAUGCCACAAGUGCCUUCAAGCCCACCACCACCCACCACGCAACAACAACAACAACCCAUACGCAUGCAGCCACCUAAUCCACCACCACCACCACCAUCAUCAUCACAGCAUGAAGAUACCAUCACAUCCAACCUUGCUGCUAUUCAAAUUUUACGUUUACGCUUGCGUCUUCAAUCGGUGUGCCAGCAAAUUGAUACACAACAUUUUGCAAUUCAACCUACGGUCUUACAGUUGACGAUUCCUCAUGACCCACGUAUUGAUCUCAUCCCUACGCCCCAUAUGCGUGAUCGCAUGAUUCUCUUCCGUGACCUAUUUGAUUUGGAUGAUUGCCUACGAUGUCUUAUCGGCAAUUCAACGUUCCAUGGAGGUGAUCCUGCCGUGCCAUCCAACUGGCAGCUCCCACCUGAAUUCUUUGACAAGUUUUGGUUCUUGACUACUGAUUUUUCAUUGCAACGUAUCACAAACAAAUGGCGCAAGGCUCAAGGAUUGGAUGAAUUGCAGCAGCAGAAUUCAAACGAUCAUGUCAGCAAUAAUGCCACCGGUGGUCAAUCUUUACCCGACAUGUCUGAGCUAGCCAGUUUCUUUUUCCCGUCAACACAACAACAGCAACAACAAACAUCAUCAUCCUCAUUCUCAUCCUCAUCAUCCAGCAGCAUCAGCAGCAAAAGUAGUAGUGCCGAUGAGGGUGGUGAUGUAUUUUGCUCGCCUAUUCAGCUCACCCAUCAUAGCGGGUACAGUGGCAAAAGAGGAGAUGACGAUUAUACAUAUGGUGAUAUCGUGUUUGGAGAUAAAGAUGUCGUCAUGGGAAUGGAUGUUUGCCCACCUUGGGAUGAUGCUCUUAUGUCGGCUUCCCCCACGGAUCAGGAUUAUGACACGCUUAUGGAAAGCCUGAUCCACACCGAAAACGAGUAA